GUGAUCUGGAACCAUCUGCAUCAGCAGUCAAUGUCGACUCCCGCCCACCUCCCGCACCCGUGUGAGUUCACUGACUCCGAGAGCGUCGCAAACUUGUCUUUCAGCCUUCACAUCAUCGGUCGACCGUUCUGAGACCGAAAUUUAGAUUCAUUGAUAUCGUGCUAGCCCACACCUUCCUCAUCACACUUCAGACGAUUCCACAUCCAGCGAGUGUAUAUAUUCAAGGCCCCCUCCACAACAACAUGGCGCAAGUUUCGAAUGCUGGGGAUAGCUUACCAACCGUCAUGAGGGAGAAGAGGAAGGAGAGGGAUACAUCACCAGAAGAAGAUGGCGAGGCGGAGCGUUACAGUCAGGCGAAGAAACGAAUAUCAGAGUCUCGAGACUCAGAGGGAUUCAGCCGUCGAGACAUGAACGGGUUUGGCGGUGGGAACCACACGCCAACUGUAGCUUUCCUCGGGCCUUUAGGCACAUACUCUCACCAGGCUGCAUACGAACGGUUCCACGAAACAGCCGACUUUGUCGAGAAGGGCAGGAUAUCCGAUGUCUUUGAUGCGCUGGGAGAAGUAGACUUUGGUGUGAUACCUCAAGAAAACACCAUCUUCGGUCCUGUCGUGGAGACGUAUGAUGCAUUACGAAACAUCGAUUCUAGUUUCAUAUGUGGGGAGGUCACUCUGAAGGUCCAACACUGUCUGCUUGUCAGAGCGGGAGUGAAUAUUUCAGAUAUUACUUGUGUCAUGAGUCACGAACAGGCUUUAGGUCAAUGCAAUGGAUUUCUCACGAAACACUUACCCGACGCUGCAACGACGAAGAUGACCUCGACUGCGGCGGCAGCUGAGACUGUUUCCAAGUCAGCUGGAUCUACCUGUGCGGCGAUAUGUUCCAAGCUAUGUUUGAAGAUGUUUGAAGGUUUAGAACUUUUACGUGAGGGUAUUCAGGAUGAGAGUUCUAACUAUACCCGCUUCUAUGUCAUGGCAAAAGAUGCCAGGGCCGCUCUACCUACACCACACAAUACACCCCACGCUCAUGCUCUACUCCGAGUCGAUUCGAAUGCGGAAAGCAACGGCGGCGAUAUCGCAAAUGUGAUAAAGGCGCUUGAAAUACCUAUAGCACGAAUAGACCGUCGACCCGCUUCGAAUGGAAAGCCUUUCAAUGAUUUAUAUUUCAUCGAGUUACGAGACUCCUCGUGCCCUCCAAACGGCUACCCGACCAAAUGGGAUGAAAAAGUGCAAGAUGCGAUGGAGCGUAUACGGGCCGCAGGUGCAGAGGUCAAGUUACUCGGGCUGUGGUAG